AUGCAUUCCAAAAUCCUCAUAUCCGCUGUCCUCGCAGCUCUCACUGCCGCCCCACAAGCCUGGGCCCACGGUCUCGUCGAAAGCGCCGUUGGUGAUGUUGGCACAGCCAAAAGCAAGGGUCUCGGUGUCGUCGACUCCACUCCAAGAGAUGGAACCCGCCGAAACCCCUUCCAACAAGAUUCCACAAUCUUCAGAAACCAAAGAACCGUCGCCGCUGCUAAAGGUUGCGGUACCACCCUCGGUGGGGGUGCAAACAGUGUCAGCGGAGCCGUCCCAGCCAUGGCUCAAGCCGGUGCAAUCGCCCAAGUCAGCCCCGGUGGUACUCUAUCCAUGAGUCUUAGACAGGUCAACGCCGACGGUGCCGGUCCUUACACAUGCAUGAUCGAUGCUACUGGUACCGGUGCCUCGUUCACCGAAAUCACUGUUACUCAGAACGUUCCAGGACGUAAUGGUAAUAACCGACAGGGUCAAAGAACUGUUCAUCCGUUGACAGUUCAGAUGCCUGCUGGUAUGCAGUGCACUGGAAGCAUGGGUGGGAUGGAUAACCUGUGUAUCGUUCGUUGUCAAAAUACUGCCCGAGCCGGUCCAUUCGGUGGAUGUGUUCCUGUUCAGAUGGUGGCUCCUAAUGCUCAACAACCUAACUUACCGGCUAAUGGUGGUCUUCCUGCAAAUGGUGGUCUGCCAGUCCCUGUUUCUUCUGUUAUUGCCGCUCCAUCUGCUGCUCCGAUCGCCAAUGUUCCAGUCGGAGAUGCUAAUGGUGGUAACUUCAACAAUGGUGGGAAUAACAACAAUGGUGGGAAUAACAACAACGGUGGAAACAAUGGUGGAAACAAUGGCGGAAAUAACGGUGGAAACAAUGGCGGAAAUAACGGUGGAAACUUGAACAACAAUGGUGGAAACAACGGAGGAAACAACGGUGGCAACUUCAACAAUGGCGGUAACAAUGGCGGUAACAAUGGCGGUAACAACGGUGGUAACAACGGUGGUAACAAUGGUGGUAACAACGGUGGAAACAACGGUGGAAACAAUGGUGGAAACAACGGCGGCAACAACGGCGGCAAUAACGGCGGCAAUAACGGCGGAAACAACAAUGGAAACUUCAACAACGGUGGAAACAACGGCUUCGCCAACAACAAUGGCGGAAACGGUAACUUCAACCGCCGCCUCGCCCGCCAGAAGAGAUGGCAAUGGAAGGCUUAA